UUCCACACUCUUUUAACACCACAAAAUUACAAUUUUUUUUCUACCCAAAUUAAGUCCUGGUCAAUACAACCACCUUUGAAUAUAUAAGUUUGAAACAUAUUUGAUUCCACAAUGUCACAUAUUCAACAUCUUCUUCAUCAAGAUUUCACACCCCAAGAAGAAACUGGGGGAAAAUUAGCAGUUUUCAUCAUGGGUGGUAUUUGCAGUUCUACAACUAACGUAGCCCCUACCACCACUGGCAAUCUCACUUCAGUUGCAGGGAGUUCACAGUCGAAUACAACGACCACCACCAGCAUUACUACAAGCUCAUUAUCAGUAUCAUCAUCAGGAAUUAGUAGCCAUGUCUCCGGCAAAAGCCAGUUUUCAUCGGCAAGCAGCGGUGAUGAUCUGGGCCCCGGUGGCCAGAUUUUGCCCAAUUCAAAUCUUAAAAUAUACACCUUUGCUGAACUCAAAUCUGCCACAAAAAACUUUCGACCUGAUACUAUUUUAGGUGAGGGUGGCUUUGGAAAGGUUUACAAAGGCCGGAUCGAAGAAAAAAACGGAUCGAAACUCACUAGUAAUGGUUCUGUAGUUGCUGUCAAGAAGCUGAAUUCGGAGAGUAUGCAAGGAGUCGAAGAGUGGCAGGCUGAGGUCGUCUUUUUAGGUAGGCUUUCGCAUCCAAAUCUCGUGAAACUUUUGGGAUACUGUUACGAGGAUGAUGAGCUUCUACUUGUGUAUGAAUUCAUGCAAAGAGGCAGCUUGGAGAACCACCUUUUCGGAAGAGGGUCGACUAUUCAGCCGCUCCCAUGGGAUAUACGGCUUAAAAUUGCAAUAGGAGCUGCUCGGGGGCUGGCGUUUUUGCACACUUCGGAUCAAAAGGUUAUAUAUAGAGACUUCAAGGCAUCAAACAUAUUGCUCGAUGGGUCGUAUAACGCAAAGCUGUCGGAUUUUGGGCUGGCUAAAAUGGCGUCGGCUAGUCAAUCGCAUGUGACAACACGUGUCAUGGGUACACAUGGCUAUGCUGCUCCUGAGUACGUGACCACAGGGCAUUUGUAUGUGAAGAGUGAUGUCUACGGUUUCGGCGUUGUGUUGGUUGAGAUGCUAACAGGAAUGCGGGCACUUGACGACGAUCGCCCAGGUAACCAACGCAAUCUUGUGGAGUGGGCCAAGUCGUAUCUCUCUAACCGUCGGAAAUUGAAGAACAUAAUGGACCAACGGCUUGAAGGAAGUUACCCUUCUAAAGCUGCAAGCCAGGUAGCCCAACUAGCUCUCACGUGCGUUGAGCCCGAACCAAAAGCCCGUCCGUCAAUGAAGGAAGUGGUGGCAACACUAGAACAACUCACUGACAUCAAAGAAAGACCAAAAGUUCCUAGAAUACACAAUUCUGGUCCUCACUCACCAUAUCGAAAUGGUAAACAACCUUUGCGUCAUCGUUCAACGCUUCGUGUUAAGGAUGAUGUAGACCGACGGAAUCACGACUCACCGAAAGGCUCAUGAUAUAUAUUAGUAUUAUAUUUUUUUCUUAAAGGGGUGUGGAGAGAAAUUGCUAUAUGUUGUAUAUUUUUGUGAAGGUAUUAAUUGAAUUCAAAAUAAGUGACCUUUUAUUUCCAUUCAAGAGUUUGUGUG